AAAAAAACACCCCAGCAGCGAUCUUCUAUGAUAGAUUUUUUUUUCCUCUGCUCUCGCCUUUUUCCCGGGCCUUGCCCCCCCAAAGCCCCUCCAGAAGAGGGAACUUUUUCUCCGAGGGGGCUCCAAGGAGAAGGCCAUGAAUUACGAAUUUGAGCGAGAGAUUGGUUUUAUCAAUAGCCAGCCGUCGCUCGCUGAGUGCCUGACAUCUUUUCCCCCUGUCGCUGAUACAUUUCAAAGUUCAUCAAUCAAGACCUCGACGCUUUCACACUCGACACUGAUUCCUCCUCCUUUUGAGCAGACCAUUCCCAGCCUGAACCCGGGCAGUCACCCUCGCCACGGCGCUGGCGGCCGCCCCAAGCCGAGCCCCGCGGGCAGCCGCGGCAGCCCAGUGCCCGCCGGCGCCCUGCAGCCGCCCGAAUACCCCUGGAUGAAGGAGAAGAAGGCGGCCAAGAAAACCGCGCUGCCGCCCGCCUCGGCCGCCGCCGCCGCCGCCGCCGCCGCCACCGGCCCUGCCUGCCUCAGCCACAAAGAAUCCCUGGAAAUCGCCGAUGGCAGCGGCGGGGGCUCCCGACGCCUGAGAACUGCUUACACCAACACGCAGCUUUUAGAGCUGGAGAAAGAAUUUCAUUUCAACAAGUACCUUUGCAGACCCCGAAGGGUGGAAAUCGCAGCGCUGCUGGAUCUGACUGAGAGACAAGUGAAAGUGUGGUUUCAGAACCGGAGGAUGAAGCACAAGAGGCAGACCCAGUGCAAGGAGAACCACAACAGCGAGGGGAAAUUUAAAAGCCUCGAAGACUCUGAGAAAGUGGAGGAGGACGAGGAAGAGAAGUCGCUCUUUGAGCAAGCCCUGAGCGUCUCCGGGGCCCUUCUGGAGAGGGAAGGUUACACUUUUCAGCAAAAUGCCCUCUCUCAGCAGCAGGCUCCCAAUGGACACAAUGGCGACUCCCAAAGUUUCCCAGUUUCGCCUUUAACCAGCAAUGAGAAAAAUCUGAAACAUUUUCAGCACCAGUCACCCACUGUUUCUAACUGCUUGUCAACAAUGGGCCAGAACUGUGGCUCAGGCCUAAACAAUGACAGUCCCGAGGCCCUCGAGGUCCCCUCUUUGCAGGACUUUAACGUUUUUUCCACAGAUUCCUGCCUGCAGCUUUCAGAUGCAGUCUCGCCCAGUUUGCCAGGUUCCCUCGACAGUCCCGUAGAUAUUUCAGCUGACAGCUUUGACUUUUUUACAGACACACUCACCACAAUUGACUUGCAGCAUCUGAAUUACUAAAAACAUUAAAGCAAAACAAAGCAUCACAAAACAAAAACCCCUUUGACCAGGUGCUUUUGCCUUCUUUUAUUCUGAGAGUUGAUUUUUAUUUUCUUUUCUUCCUGACCUACCCUCUCUCUCCUCUAAAUGUGGAAGAUUUUCUGUUUAGUGAUUCUCCUGGUCCAGUUUCAGAGCCAUCUUUUACAGAUUAUUUUGGAGUUUUAGUUGUUCUAAAUCUAAUCCAACACCCCUCUCUGUGAUUUCCUGAAAGCAAUAUAUGAGGCCUGCAAGAAAGUGAUCAUAUAAUUGUAUCUUCACUUUCUUUUUAUUUUUGUAUUACAUUAGGAUGCAUUGUCAUGAGUAUUUUUGGUAGAAUAAAUUCUCCUUUGCUAUAAGUAGCUUUCUUAUUUUUUCUCCCCCCCUCUUUCUCAAGGCUCAUAACGGUUUCUUUUUCUUCUUUUAGCCUAACUUGGUAAAUAAAAUUCUGGUCACAAUUCA